GUGAGGUCUUCGAUGGGCACAUAUCUCUGGUGCAAGCUGUAAACAAGAGCGAGGGUCGUCGCUAACACGUCGUUGAAAGCAGUCUGCUGUAGCUGUUUAACGAGGUUGACACAGCUCACAGUGAAGGGGAAAUGGAAGACGACAUAUUGACGACGCUGAAAAUUUUGAUAAUAGGAGAAAGUGGUGUUGGGAAGUCCAGCCUCCUUUUAAGAUUCACAGAUGACACGUUUGACCCCGAACAGUCAGCCACAAUAGGUGUUGACUUUAAAGUGAAAACCAUCUCUGUGGACGGAAACAAGGCAAAGUUGGCCAUAUGGGACACUGCUGGACAGGAGCGCUUUCGAACCCUCACGCCAAGUUACUAUCGUGGUGCCCAGGGAGUUAUCUUGGUGUAUGAUGUCACACGGCGAGAAACCUUUACCAAGCUUGAUAACUGGCUCAAUGAGCUGGAGACGUACUGUACAAGGAAUGACCUUGUGAAAAUGCUGGUUGGAAACAAAAUUGACAAGGAAAACCAUGAGCUAGACAGAGCAGAAGGUCUGAAGUUUGCGAGAAAACAUUCCAUGCUUUUUAUAGAGGCGAGCGCCAAGACCAGAGAUGGCGUUCAGUGUGCAUUUGAGGAGCUGGUGGAAAAGAUCAUCCAGACUCCUGGUUUAUGGCAGAGUGAGACCCACGGCCGAGGAGUCCAACUCACCGACGAGGACGUGGGCGGUGGAUCCUGUGGCGGCUACUGCUCCCUGGUCUAGACGACAUGUACAUAACAUACUCAAACACACCUGCACACAUAUGAAUACAACACACCCACCAACAAAAACACAAAUGCACUCAUUUGAAAGAACACUCCUCUUCCCACUGUGUGCUUCCCAGUGCUGAGGUGACAUAAAGGCAGUUGAGGACUGUCUCCGCUCUGCUGAAGGGUUGACCGUCCACACACACACACACACACACACACUACCUGUGUCCUCACAGACACUACGUUUUGCACACUUCUUAAUAACGAUGCUGGGCUCAAAAGCAAACGCAGCUCAGCUUUAUUUUCAUUGGAAUUCAAGUGAGUUGAUGCUCCUCUUGUUUUUCUUUCUUUUAUGUUUUUUUUGCAGUUUAAGACCCUGGGUCAAAAGUAUUCCUUUUUCAGUUUGUCAGUAUAUUUAUCAUUCAGUUUUUAACUGUUAACAGUUAAUUCCAAAUGUGUCAACCAAAAUCUGCCAUGCAAAUGGCUUGAGGGGGAUAAUAGGGAAUAGGGAUUUUUUUUGUUUUACCCCGGAUUGCUGUUUUUUGUACUCGCAGCAUCUCGCCUUAGCACGCGCAUCAGGACUGACCUGACUUUUCUCCAGUGUUCGCCUUUCCCCGGCUCUCUCCUCUUUCCCCCCCCCCAGCAAUGACACUAUGAACUUUAUGCUGCUUUUAGAGAAGCUUAUCGAGCUGACCUAUCUUGUAUUCCUUUACAACACUCUCAGAUCAUCUAUCGCUGUCGUCUGCACAACCACCUCAUUUCUGUAGAACAUAAUAGAGUUACCAAAUGUUGGGAAUGACGCUUUCCUCCGUUUGUUGACUCUGACUUCAAACCCUUGGUGUGUUUUGAUGGGUGCGUUAAUCAAAAUAGAUUGGCACCAGCAAGCUUUCCACUGGGUGCACAGAAAGGGGGCGACCUCUUAAAAUUGCACAGCUUUUUUCAUAACGACUUGCUUUAACGGAGUGUGACAGACUCGCUGAGACAGAUAAUAUCAGUCGUAUCACUAGCACCGCUAACGUCUGUGAUAUAGAUUCCUUUGACCGUGCAGAGACAAAGGAAAAGUGUUCAAUAUUAAACAGGACAGUGAGUCAUGAGGGCGUUUCCACAGAAUUUUGGAAAAUGACAGAAAGAGCUUUGUGCUGCACUUUGCUAAUGGUUUUCACAGUACUUCUAUCUCUGUGUAUAUCUGAGAAGCAGUUAGAAAUGUACUGUACCCCUGACCUCUGAACAUGUUUGUGGUUUUUGAGUGCUGGUACAUGGUCUGGGAAAAUGUAGCUGUGAGAGAGCCGUUGUAACAGGGAUAUGAAUAUGACAUGGAGAACAAGCAUGUCUUAUCUGGGGGUUUGAAAUAUUAUCUUUUUUUUUUUUUAAUCUUUUAAAUUGCAUGGGAAAUUCUGCGUGCCAUUCUUUUGUCUUUGUUUGUCUGGUGAAUGACCUUCAGAGGCUGUUUACGAUAAACGAUUUUAACUUAUACUUCGCUGAAUAUUAAACAUUGCAUCCAGGUGUGCCGUUAGGAUUCACUGGUUCAGUAUAAUAAGACAAAAAAGAAGUAGGCGUUUACUUAUUAAGCUGGUAUCGCUGUCCUUUUGUGUUCAUAAAUAUGUUAAAACAUGUAAAGUUGUGAAUUGUGUGUCUUUUAGGAAUGUUGGUGGAUAAUUCCUGUAUGAAUUGUUUGCUGAAUGUAUGCUUACUUCACUUCAGAACCGCCCUGUGUAUUAAACUGAAUAAAAGUCUUUUUUAACUUAA